CUGGUACUUUCCUUGUUCGUGGAAAGACAAUAGAGGAUUUGGAAGAGCUUCAGCCACGUGUACAUAAGUGCUUUGAAGCAGCAUCAGAAGCGACUGGAGCUAAAACCAAAAUUACAUGGGGAAGAGCGGUUCAUG